AUGACCGAGUGCUUACUGAAAGGGAAACGGUUCUUCUGCCGCGAGUGGGCUUUCAUUAAACUGUUGCACUGCCUCGACACCAGAUCCACGUCGAAAACAUGUGGGACCUUGGUCAUGGGCGGGCCCGGCAGCGGCAAGACAGCUCUGGGGUGUGAGCUCGUGUGGCCCACAUCCCCUCAGGGAAAACAAGCUCCUCUACGCUCGCGGAUGUUGGCGUACCAUUUCUGUCAGGCCCACGACGCCAACUCGCUGUCCAUCGUCACUUUCAUACAGAAUUUAGUCUCUCAGGUAUCGGCGUCGGGUCUCAUCAAGGAUUUCAAGUCGCAGGUGGCCUCUUCUGUAGUCCAGCACGUCCUUGACCCCGUCGAGUGCGAGGCCAACGCCGAUGAAGCUUUCAAGAUCGCCUUUCUGGAACCCCUCCACUCCUGUGAGCCCCCGGAGCAAACGCUGAUGCUCUGGGUCGACUCCAUCGAUGAAUCCUAUCUCCAUCCGGUCAACGAGAGGGCCACGUGCAGCCAGACGAUCGCGGAGCUGCUCGCCGAGCACAACGCCAGCUUCCCGCCGUGGCUCCUCCUCGUCUGCUCGGCUAGGAAGCAGAGCAAGGUCGUCACCCGGAUGUUCACCGGCUUCCGGAAGCUGAGCCUGGACGACCUGCGGAAAUCUCACGUGGUCCGAGACGUGCAGCAGUACAUCCUGUGCCGGCUGGACGCCGAGGACGGGCUGAGGCAACAUUUGAGCAGGGACACCGCGGAGAUGCUCAACCAGCUACACAUCAAGAGUAACGGCUGCUUCUUGUACCUGGAGAAGGUGCUGGACGGCGUGGCCGAGUCUUUCAUCAUGCUCAGGGAAGUUCGAGAAAUCCCCGGUACACUGAACGGUCUGUACUUAUGGUUGUGCCAGAGGCUGUUCGUCAAGAAACACGUUGUCAAAAUACAACCGCUGCUCAACGUUCUUCUAGCCUCCAGGAUUCCGAUGAACGCGGAAGAACUCUACGAGAGCAUGUUAGUUAAAGAGACGGACUUAAAGCGAGAGGAUUUCGAAAGAAGACUCAAGUUGAUGUCUCGUAUACUGUUUAACGGUUUUAAAGGGGAGCAGAUUGUUUUUCAUCACAGUUUCGCCGAAUGGCUUUUAGACGUGAAGCACUGCACCCAGAAAUAUUUGUGCAAUGCCAGCGAAGGGCACGCCAUGAUAGCGCUGAGACAGUUGCAGCACGCCCAUGAGCUCGAUGCCCUGGGCGUGCAGGAUCUGGCGCUUCAUCUGGUGAGGGCGAACUUCGCAGAGCAGAUCCGUUUCGAGCACCUGGUGCAGAUGUUGCUGGUUUCCGGGGCAAAGGUUGAGAAAUGCUUACUCGCUGGGCUGCCUAAAGAACCCAAGGUGGUGAGGCUUUUAACUGAGGCUGGGGCGAAGUCACCAUCGAUGGAGGGCGGGGCAACUAGCACUGACUCGCUGGUCGAGGCCAAGGAGAACUCCACUACAGUGAGUGACAAUAUGGAUUUGGACCAGAUGGAUGCCAACGGCAGGACGCAGCUGCACACCGCAUCCUACAGGGGGGACCUUCAACAGGUUCAGACAUUAAUCGCCAGAGGAGCUGCCCUGGAAGUGCAGGACAGGUCUGGACAGACGGCCGUGACCCUUGCCGCUCGCCAAGGCCAUACUGCUAUCGUGACAGCGCUGCUCAACGCGGGCGUCAAUGUUGAUCACGCGGACCACGAAGGUUGGACGGCCUUGCGGUCUGCGGCCUGGGCGGGCCAUACCAAGGUCGUGUCGCUGCUGCUGGACAAGGGUGCCCACGUCGACCACGCCGACUCUGAACAAAGGACAGCGUUGCGUGCGGCGUGCUGGGGAGGCCAUGAGGACAUUGUCAAGCUGCUGCUAGAGCAUAACUCUGAUGUCAACAAGACGGACCACGAAGGCAGGACGGCACUGAUUGCCGCCGCCUACAUGGGGCACGUAGAGAUAGUGGAGCAUCUACUGGACCACGGCGCCAACAUUGACCAUGAGGAUGUUGACGGACGCACGGCUCUGAGCGUCGCGUGCCUUUGUGUUCCCGCCAGCGAAGGUCACGAAAAGGUCGUCAGCCUCCUUCUGGAGCGCGGGGCGGAAGUCGAUCAUACGGACAAAGAUGGCAGCACGCCCCUUCUGGUGGCCGCCUACGAAGGGCACCCGGGGGUCUGCGAUAUGCUCCUAGAGUGGGACGCCGACGCUGACCACGUGGACGGCAAGAACAGAACGCCGCUGUGGGCGGCCACGUCCAUGGGCCACGCGCAGGUGGUCCGCCAGCUGCUGUUCUGGGGCGCGGCCGUGGAUCACAUUGACUUCGAGGGCAGGACCGUCCUUUGCGUGGCUGCGGCCCAAGGGUCUGAGUCGGUCGUCCGGCAACUGUUGGACAGGGGACUGGACGAGAUGCAUAGGGACAACUCUGGAUGGACGCCUUUACAUUUAGCAGCGUAUGAGGGCCACCUUCAG